AUGGAGGAAGACCAAGACUACGGUUACUUCUUACAAGAAUACUUCUCAAAUUCAAGCAGCACCAGUGAAGAUUACAUCAAAGAAGAGCAAGUGACUUUAUGUGUCAAAACUGAUGUACUAAAAUUCGGUGAAAAGUUCAUUCCUGCAUUCUACUACUCCAAUUUCCUUCUCGCCCUAGUCGGAAACGGACUUGUGCUAUGUAUCAUCUACAAAUAUGAGAAACUCAGCACUGUCACCAACAUCUUCUUGUUGAACUUGGUUGUUUCUGACCUCCUAUUUGCUUCCAGUCUCCCUUUCUGGGCCGUGUACCACUCCUCUGAGUGGAUCUUUGGCAGGCCGCUGUGUAAAGUCGUGGGCAGUUUGUACUUCCUAAGUUUCUACAGCUCCAUUCUCUUCCUCACUCUCAUGACUUUUGACCGUUACCUGGCCGUGGUCCACGCCAUCACGGCCGCCCAAAGCCGGAGAAAGGCGUACGCCUUUGCCUCUUCUGCCGUGGUCUGGGUCAUCAGUCUAGUUGCCAGUGUAAAGGAUGUCUUCCUCCAUGAUGUACGUGAGGACGGAGAGAAUGGAAAACUUUGUGAGGAGACAGGCUACUCUUACAACACCCUUGUAAAGUGGAAGCUUUUUGGUUACUAUCAACAGUUUUUGCUCUUCUUCCUGCUGCCCUUGGUCAUUGUCCUGUACUGUUAUGCCAGGAUCACAGUGAGGAUCAUGAACACACGAAUGAGAGAGAGGUGCAGAGCCGUAAAGCUGAUUUUUGUCAUCAUUAUUACAUUUUUCAUCUGCUGGACACCCUACAACGUGGUGAUUCUCUUAAGGGCACAGAGGAUCACUUCUGAGGAUAAAUCAUGUUCAGAUGACCUUGACUAUGCAUUGUAUGUCACAAGGAACAUAGCCUAUCUUUACUGCUGCAUCUGUCCCGUGUUCUACACCUUUGUUGGGAAGAAAUUUCAGAACCAUUUCAGGAAACUGCUUGGAACACGCAUUCCAUGUCUGAAGAGUGUUGUGCUCCCCAGUCAAAGCAGUAGAACCACGUCAUUCAGAAGCCCAAAUACAGUAAAUGACUAUUAG